AUGAGCGCCGAUGCACGGAUAGCUGAACUUGGUCUGGAAUUGCCUGCCCCUCCCGCCCCCGCUGGUGUGUAUAAGCCAGUCGUAGUGGUCGGCAACAUGGCUUACGUUUCGGGGCACGGUCCAUUGCAGUCCGAUGGCACUUUGAUGACCGGCCGUGUUGGCGACUCUGUAGACGAUCAACAUGGCUACGAAGCAGCCCGGCAAACCGGCUUGGCAAUUCUAGCGACACUGAAAGCCCACUUCGGUACGCUCGACCGCAUCUCCCGGCUGGUGAAGAGCCUGGGCAUGGUCAACUGCACCCCCGAUUUUGAACAACACCCGGCGGUGAUCAACGGUUACAGCGAACUGAUGGCCGGCGUCUUUGGUCCUGAAGCCGGUGUGGCUGCCAGAAGUGCUGUAGGCAUGGGCUCGCUGCCGGGAAAUAUCAGCGUUGAAAUCGAAGCGAUCUUCGAGCUGACUGACGAAUAA